CCCCGAUCAUGAUUAUGCAGCGGAUAUCGGAAGUAGCUGACGCGCACCAAUUGCCGCCUUUCCGUGCCAAGAAUACACAUCCAAUUGCUGGGAAAGGGUUAGGAGGUUGGGAUGGUGAUGCUUCACGCUUUCAAACUUCAUGCAUGAUCCCGUCGACGUAUUUAGUGUAGGUCAAGCCGAUAGUAGUAUGGUGUUUGCUAGUUCUGGCACGAGAACAAGAACACGCUUAAAAACUGAGAUCAUUACACUUCGGGCGGCCAAUGACGACGGAAAGGGUGUUUUGCUGGCUGGCAGGCAGGGUGCUUGUAAGUGUGAGGACUGAAUCGUUCAACAGAUGUCAUAGGCAAUUUCUCCGAUUCACGGGGCGCAAUGGUGCUGUGAUGGCGUUCUCUAGUGCCCUCUUGACAGCAAAUCGCACUUUCCGAGUCUGCGACCCGCGAAACACCCCUAACUCACUUCGGAAUAGCACCGCUGCAAUACAGACGUGCUAUCGACAGGCCCCUUGGCGCCCGAACAGCCGGACCGCUCUGGAUCUCCUUGUCGCAACUUUUUCCUCCCAGCGCAUGCGUUUCUCCUCCUUGGUUGAGAGCUCCAUGGCGCAAUGAUAGGGUCCUUGCGUAUGCUAAACAUCAAAUAAGGAUCGUAGGGCAUGACGUCGUGGGGCUGGACCCUUGAGAUCCCUAAGAGUCCUGGGACUGGGAUUCAUCAUGACUCUUGAUAUGGCGGUCGUGGGGAGCUGCUUAGUAUAUCAUGUCAGACCGCCCUCCCGUGGGAUCCGAUAAUCUGGAUCUCCCGGAACAUAACCUCGUCUGCUUCGUCGUCGUUCUCGUCGUUGUU